UUUGUUACAAUUUCAUCACUACCAUUAUUUUUAAAAUUAUCUUCACAAUCACUAUUAUCCUCAUCAUCAUCAUCAUCAUCAUGUCAACUUAUCUACUUUCGGUAACCGUACGAAAAGCCAAGCUAUUAGGAAAUGAUGCGGAAUUUACAACGUAUGUGGCCGUAAAACUUGAAAAUGUUAAAUCGACAACGGUUGCCGUCAAAGGAUGUAAUCCCUGUUGGGAACAGGAUUUUAUUUUCGAAACAAGUAGACUGGAUACAAAUCUAAUAAUCGAGCUAUGGAAUAAAGGAAUAUUAUGGGAUAAAAUUAUCGGUUAUAUUUGUGUGCCUUUGAAUGAUGUUCCUUUUUUAGAACAAGCUUCCGGUGGUCAAUGGCAAUCAAUCGAUGCAGAUCUUCGUGUAUUGAAUGAUGAAAUACUUGGUACAUGUAAUUCAACGGGAAAUUUUUUACUGAUUGAAACACAUUUUGAGCCUGUAUAUGAAACCCAAUUGGACAAUGUAAAUGAAUUUAAUAGGAAUCUAAAUUAUGUCAAUAUUGGACAAUUGGAACAAACAACCAUUGGUGGUGGACAAGUUGAACAAGUUUGUGCCUAUAACAUUGAUAAGGAUUCCCAUUUUCAUGGUCAUCAACUUUAUUCCGGUCUUUCGGAAGAUAGCGAUUAUACAAGUGAUAUUAGCUUUCCAAAUCAACAGAAUCAAUAUGGAUCAUAUCAUCAAGCAAAUUCGUCCUCAUCACAAUUCGAAACGAUAUCAAAAAAUUUUAAAAAUAAUAUUAAUAAUCAACAAAAUAAUAAUAAUAAUAGUACUAGUCAUGUGAAUGAUAAUAAUAAUAUCACAAUGGCCUCUAUUACGAAUAAUAAAAUCGAUAUAGAUCAAUCAAAUACCAUUCAACAACAACAACAAUAUGGUUGUGUUUCCUAUCAUUCUAAUCACAAUCAACAACAAUUUAUUGAUAGUCCAAGUACUAUACAAGAACAAAAUAUCCUUGACAAUGAUAAUAAUGAAAAAAAUAAAGAUGAUAUUGAUAACAAUGUUGAUUAUGAUGAUAAUGAUGAUGGUGAACAGAAUUUUAUUGAACCAUUGAAUGAUAUUGAUGAUGAUGAUGAUGAUGAUCAAAUAGUUCCAGUGGCACAUUCUUUUCAUCAUUCAAGACCAAAACGUGAAUUACCAUUUGGUGGCUGUACCGAUAUCGAUGCUAUCCGAAGUCAAUAUCAGAAAAAAAUUUGUCAGAAUAAAAACAUUGGUAUUGUUAAUGUAAAUAGUCAUAGCAAUCUUCAGUCUCAACAACCAUCAUCACAAGAAGACGGAUCAGGAUUUGGAUUUCAGGAUUCACUUUAUUACAAUAGCCGUCCUCGUCGUGUAUUGCCUCAAAUCAAUGUCAAUAAUAUUAUUAACAAUAAUAAUAGUAGCGGAAAUAUUAAUGCAAAAAAUAAAGAAGGACGUAAAAUGCCACAAAUACCAUUAAGUAAAAGUCUACAAUUUCCAAAACAAAUUAAUCUAACACAAGAACAAAUAACAACUAUACAGCAAUAUCAUUUACAACAACAACAACAACAAAACCAACAGCCAAAUGAAUUUCGAGAUAUGAAUUUUUCUCAUCAAAAUCAACAACAAAUUUUUAAACAAGAUAAUCUACAACAACAACAACAACAGCCACCGUUAUUCAUUUCGAAUAAUACAGUCACGAAUCAAUUAUCACAUCAAUCGCAACAACAACAACAGAUUAUGUCAGGAAAUAAAAAUUUAGAUAAUCAUCUACAUUCUCAUCAACAAUUGAAUGAUGAAACAUUUCAAAAAACAUCAACAGAUAUUUUUGAACAACCAGAUCCAUCUUCAUAUCGACUUAAACAACGACGAAAAGCAAUACGUAAACCAAGUUUAGAACGACAAGGUGCCCUAGAGCAAAAUGAUGAACAUAUUGCUGAACAGAGAAGAAAAUCUGUCAUUCAACAACAACAACAACAACAACAACAAAAUAAAAUGUUAAUCCAUGAUUCAAUGAAUAAAGCUGCUACUCCUGUUAUUGUUAACGGAAGUUUUAAUACUGUUUCGAAUGCAACCAAUUUUGUUCAGAAUAAUAAUAAUCAAACGGGUAAUUUGUUUCAACCGGUAAUCAUCGUUCCGCCGGCACCAAAUGCAAAUAAUAAUAAUAAUCAACAGCAACGGCAACAACAACAACAACAACAACAACAAUCGCCUAUUCCUCCACAAUCUAUUUUGAAUAAUAAUGAUGCCAUGAUGACGGUAAUGAAUGACAUUCCGAUAUUAAAUUUAGAACAGGAUACAAAGACUAUUAUGAAUAAUGAAAUUCAUGCUGAACAACAACAACAUGUUGUCAAUGAUCAAAAGAUCACUAAUGCAUAUCCGGUUCAUGUCCUUGAUCAUCAUCAGAAUAUUGGUUUCGAACAACAACAAAAACAACAACAACAACCAACAUCGUCAUCAGCAACAAUUGAAUUUCCGCCAUUAUCGUUGUCACAGCAGCAACAACAACAGCAAUCUGAUCAUACUAGUCCGAAAAAAAUUAUUUCUCAAGACACCCUUUCCAGUGAUAUUGUUAAUUGUGAUGGUAAUAGUGAUUGGCAAAGUGAACAGGAUUUCCUUGAUCAACAAUUUGAAGAGAAUUGGUCAAGACGACAAGCUCAAUUCGAAACAAUGGAAUUAGAUAAUAAACAAAAUAAUCAACAAACACAAUUAGGAAUUGAUGACCAAAAUGUUCAAGGAAUGACAGAUAAUAAUAAUAAUAAUAAUUGGUAUAACAAUGUUCAACAAAAACAACAAAAUGACCAAAAUCAUUUUAUACAUGAUUCACCUUUUGUUAAUAAUUUUGAUAAUCAGCUCAAACAGAAUAGUAUUCAAUCAGCAAAUAAACAAUUAGAUGAUUCAAUACAAAUACCAAAAUCGACAAUAGAUUUUACAACACCAUCCAUUGUUAUUAGUAAUAGUAGUAAUGAAUUAAUCAAUACAACAACUGCCUUAAACAAUAAUGAUAAAACGAUCAAAAAUACUAAUCAAUCGGAUAUGAUUGAUCCGUAUGCAACACAAUUGACAGAAUCUGAACUAAAAGAAUUAGGCGAAUUGAAUGAUAAUCAAACUUCUGUCACAUCAAUUGUCAGUAAUGCCAUUAAUGAUUCAAGUCCAUUUGCUGGCAUUGAAUCUUCUCUUGUCAAUAAUGAUGAACAACAGAUGGUUGAUAAUGGUGGUGGUGGUUUGAUCGAUUUACAUGGUUCAAUAAAAAAUGAACCAUCUGCAGCAAAAAGUGUUACAUUUUCCGAAGAAGUUGGUAGAAAAAGUCCACCAAGAAUGACUAGCAUGUUUGAUGGUCCAUUAAUUGUACCUACAAGUACUGAAGGAAUGUCCAAAGCACGUGCACGUUGGAUCAAUGCAUUUAAUAAGAUUAAUUCUCAUCUUAAUGAGGGUGGUGGAAGACCUGAAGUAAGCGAUAUUUUCAAAAGUCUUGGCUUCAGAAUUGGUGGUGAUAAUCCAUUUUUCAGUGGAAUCGAUGCAAUGCCUGACAUACGACCACGCAAAAAAUCUAUUCCAUUAGUCAGUGAAUUAGUUUUGAAGACAAUGGCUGCCAACAAAAGAAAUGCUGGUUUAACAUCAGCCAUCCCACGUGCAUCGUUAAACGAUGAAGAAUUGAAAACACAUGUCUACAAGAAAACAUUACAGGCAUUGAUUUAUCCGAUUUCCAGUACAACACCACAUAAUUUUCAACUUUGGACAGCAACAAGUCCAACAUAUUGUUAUGAAUGUGAAGGUUUAUUAUGGGGUAUUGCUCGUCAAGGUGUACGAUGUACUGAAUGUGGUGUAAAAUGUCAUGAAAAAUGUAAAGAUUUACUCAAUGCUGAUUGUCUACAACGUGCUGCUGAAAAAAGUUCAAAACAUGGUGCCGAAGAUAAAGCAAAUAACAUUAUAAUGGCAAUGAAAGAACGAAUGAAAAUUCGUGAACGAGAAAAACCAGAAAUAUUCGAAAUGAUAAGGGACGUGUUCGGUGUGGAUCAAAAAAGCCACUCUGGACAUAUGAAAGCCGUCAAACAAAGCGUUCUUGAUGGCACAUCUAAAUGGUCAGCUAAAAUUGCCAUUACUGUGAUUUGUGCACAAGGUUUAAUAGCUAAAGAUAAAAGUGGAACUAGUGAUCCAUAUGUAACAACACAGGUUGGAAAAGUUAAAAAACGUACACGAACAGUACCGCAAGAUUUAAAUCCUGUUUGGAAUGAAAAAUUCUAUUUUGAAUGUCAUAAUUCAAGUGAUAGAAUUAAAGUUCGUGUUUGGGAUGAAGAUAAUGAUCUAAAAUCAAAACUUAGACAAAAAUUAACACGUGAAUCGGAUGAUUUUCUUGGACAAACAAUUAUCGAAGUUCGAACAUUAAGCGGUGAAAUGGAUGUAUGGUAUAAUUUGGAAAAACGAACUGAUAAAUCUGCAGUUUCUGGUGCUAUACGUUUACAUAUUAGUGUUGAAAUUAAAGGCGAAGAAAAAGUUGCACCAUAUCAUGUACAAUAUACUUGCCUACAUGAAAAUCUCUUCCAUUAUUUGUGUGAAACCGUCCAUAGUGGUUCCGUUAAACUUCCAGACUAUAAAGGCGAUGAUGCAUGGAAAGUUUAUUUUGAUUAUCCGGCUCGAGAAAUUGUGGAUGAAUUUGCUAUGCGAUAUGGAAUCGAAUCGAUAUAUCAGGCGAUGACACAUUUUCAUUGUUUAUCAACUAAAUAUCUUUGUCAAGGUGUACCGGCAGUUAUGAGCACAUUAUUGGCAAAUAUAAAUGCCUAUUAUGCCCAUACUUCAGCAUCAUCAAAUGUAUCGGCUAGUGAUCGUUUUGCAGCUUCCAAUUUCGGAAAAGAGAAAUUCAUUAAACUAUUAGAUCAGCUACAUAAUUCAUUACGAAUAGAUUUAUCAAUGUAUAGAAAUAAUUUUCCCGCUUCAUCACCUGAACGUUUACAAGAUUUAAAAUCUACUGUUGAUUUAUUAACAAGUAUAACAUUUUUUCGUAUGAAAGUUCAAGAAUUAUCUAGCCCACCACGUGCCAGUCAAGUUGUUAAAGAUUGUGCCAAAGCAUGCCUUCGAUCAACGUAUCAAUUUUUAUUUGAAAAUUGUACAAAUCUUUAUGGUACAGAAUUUCAAACUGAACCAACGGAUAAAAAACAAGAAAAUCCACAAGAUGAUGCUGGACCUAGUUUACAUAAUCUAGAUUUUUGGCAUAAAUUAGUUGCAUUAAUGGUAUCGGUAAUUGAAGAAGAUAAAAAUAGCUAUUCACCUGUAUUGAAUCAAUUUCCACAAGAAUUUAAUAUUGGACAUUUAAGCGCUGCAUCAAUGUGGACAUUUUUUUCAAGUGAUAUGAAAUUUGCAUUAGAAGAACAUGAACAACAUCGUCUUUGUUUAAGUUCAGCAUAUAUGAAUUUACAUUUUAAAUGUAAAUGGUUUUAUAAUACAUAUUGUCGUGAUAUACCUCAAUUCAAAGAUGUUGUACCCGGUUAUCCAGCUUGGUUUGAACCAUUCGUUAUGCAAUGGUUAAAUGAAAAUGAUGAUGUUUCACUUGAAUAUGUUAAUGGUGCCUAUAUGCGUGAUAAAAAAGAUGGUUUUCAACAUAGUUCGGAACAUUCAUUAUUUUCAAAUUCGGUUGUCGAUGUUUUUACACAAUUAACACAAUGUUUUGAUGUUAUACAAAAACUUGAAUGUCCAGAUCCGGAAAUUGUAAAACGUUAUAUGAAACGUUUUGCUAAAACAAUUGUUAAAGUUUUAACUGCCUAUGUUAAUAUUGUCAAAAGAGAUUUUGCAACUAAUAAUUGUAAAAAUGAAAAAAUUGCUUGUGUUCUUAUGAACAAUAUUCAACAAUUACGUGUACAAUUGGAAAAAAUGUUUGAAUCGAUGGGUGGUGAAAAACUUGAAACAGAUGCAGCCGAUAUAUUGAAAGAUCUUCAAGUUACUUUGAAUAGUAAUCUUGAUGAAUUAAGUGCUAUAUUUGGUAAAAGUUUAGAACCAACAAUCAAAAAGAGUGUAGCAGAAUUAGGACAAUUAUUGAGUCAAGUAAAAGGAAGUUCAGGUAAUUCAGCACAACAAUUACAAGCAUUAAAAAGUGGUCCUGAAGUGGCUGCAGAUGCUGAUCUUAUAUUACAUCCGCUUAUGGAUCUUUUGGAUGGCAAAUUAUCACAAUUUGCACAAUCAUGUGAAAAGACUGUAUUCAAACGUUUGUUAAAAGAAUUAUGGAAAUUAGUAAUGAAUACAUUAGAAAAGACAAUUGUAUUGCCACCGAUGAAUGAAAAGAAUAUUAUACUUCAAAGUUUACCGAAUGCUAAAAUUGAAGAUGUUGGUCGUUUAUUCAAGAAUAAUCUAUCAGCAAAUCGAUUAACUAAUCUUGGUGUUAUUGAGUUUGAAAAGAAUCUAAAUCCACGACAAUGUGCCGUAUUAGAUGUUUCAUUAGAAACAAUGAAACAAUUUUUCCAUGCAAAUGGUAACGGUUUGAAGAAAACAUUUUUGGAUAAAAGUCCAGAUCUACAAUCAUUACGAAAUGCCUUAUCAAUGUAUACACAAACAACUGAUACUUUGAUUAAAAAAUUUGUCACAACUCAAACUAAACAAGAUUUACCUACACAAGAAGAUGGACCAGUUGGUGAAAUAUCUAUACAGGUUGAUUUAUUUACGCAUCCAAAUUCGGGUGAACACAAAGUUACCGUUAAAAUCGUUGCAUGUAAUGAACUUAAAUGGCCAAAUACAACAAUGUUCAAACCGUUUGUCGAAGUUAAUAUGAUUGGACCACAUUUAAGUGAUAAGAAACGAAAAUUUGCUACUAAAUCCAAACAUAAUAAUUGGUCACCAAAAUUUAAUGAAACAUUUUAUUUUAUUAUCGGUAAUGAAGAUGAACCAACUUCAUUCGAACUUCAUAUAUCAGUCAAAGAUUAUUGUUUUGCAAGAGAAGAUCGUUUAGUUGGUGUUUGUAUACUGCAAUUAGCUGAUAUUGCCGAACAAGGUAAUUGUAAUUGUUGGUUACCAUUAGGUCGUCGUGUUCAUAUGGAUGAAACUGGUUGGACAAUUUUACGAAUAUUAUCACAACGAAAUACCGAUGAAGUUGCCAAAGAAUUUGUUAAACUUAAAUCCGAUGUUCGUAAUGAUGAAUUAGCAGCAAAUCAAACUGCUGUCGGUAAUAAUCAAUCGAUCAAUGUAAAUCAAUCACCACAAACAACAAUGGCACCAAAUUCUGGUGUUACAGCCAUUGUUUCCUAAAGCAAUACUAUACCAUUAUCAGUGUGUUUGUGUAAAUAUACUCUAUUUUUUCUUGUUAACAUUAUCACAAAAAUGAAGAAAAUGAAUUAUCAUUCUGGAUCAUAUCGUUGAUU